GAGAUCCUGGGUGAAUUCUGUGCCUUUGACUCCAUGGAGCUCAGGUCCCUAACACAAUCAUUGGUGCUGUGGGUCACCCUGAAUCCAAAAGCUGCCCAGUCGCAGGGGAAGAGGCUGGGUUGGGAGCACAGCAGGAGCUUGGCUGGAGCACACCUGGCUCAGCACCCACCUCCCUGGCCUGGGGCUGGCUUGGUCAGGGGGACACUGCACCCCAAACUGGCUGGGCAUCACUGUCCAGUCAGAACGUCCAGGCUGGACAGGGCUUGGAGCAGCCUGGGACAGUGGAAGGUGUCCCUGUCCAUGGCAGGGGGGUAGAAAUGGAUGAGCUUUAAGGUUCCUUCCAACCCAAACCGAUCUGAGAUGCCAUGAUGCUAAGAUUCUAAUGAAAGAAUUCUAAACAUUUUAAGGAAUUCUAUUCAUUCAGAGGAAGACUAUCUUGCUGUGUCCCUGGCUAGGAGCAGGACAUGGGACAGCAAACAUGCCCCUGUCCUGAAGGGGAUCUGCCCCUGCCAUGAGCAUUUCAUGGCAUUUCUGGAGAGCAGCCACUCUGCUUUGUGCCUCAGUUUCCCCAAGGGAGCCCUGACUGUGGCCAGCAUGGGGGGAGCAGGGGAGGAGGUGGGCAAGGUGUGAAAUUCCCUCUCUUAGGAAAACAGGAAAGUUUUCAGCAGCAGCUGGCACCUUCCAUGCACCCUGUCCCUAACGUGCAGCAGGGCAGCAGAAGGGGGAUGGAGAAGAGGGGCUGGAUCUCAGGACGUGUCCCACCAUCCCUUUGGGAAUGUAGAGCUGCUGAGCCUGCCACGGGCUCUGCCCCACAGGCAGAGGAGGGUCCUGAGCCCCUCGCUGACACGGGAGUCAGCAGCCCAUGCCGGGGACUCCAGAGCUGCCCUCCUGGUUCUGCUAAGAAAAAUAAAGAAUCAAUUUAAAAAGCUGUCUGUUUUCCCUGGCUGCCCCUCUGGCUCAGCAGAAAUGUUUUCUGCUGUGUCAGAGUCUGACUCAGCAGAAAGGGGACACUGCCCUGGGGCCAGGGGCUGCCUUAUCACUGCCCACAAGGCUCCUGUUUGUGCCACCCCAGUUAUCAGCCCCGAGCACGGCCAGGCUGGGGCCAGCACCGUGACUCAGCACCCUGAGCCUGUGCAAACUCACACCAGUCUGUGAUGGGAGAGCCCAUAAACAUCCCAUAAACUGCAGAGAGUGGGCUCCAGUCCUGGGCAUGGGGAGCCCCCUUUCUGCCUGGGUGUGUGAAGAGGAGCCUCAAACAGCAGCAUGCCCUGGGCUGGGUGUAAUGGGGUCUGUGGGACGUGCCCUGAGCCCACCCCAGCCCAGCUGCUGUUUGGGGCUCCCUGGUUCUGCCCAGUCCUGGUGCAGGGCAGAGCAGAGCAGAAUGAGUGAUGGAGCUCAGGCCAGCCCUGGCUCACUCACAAGUCUGGGACCCCAGAGAUGCUGGGAUGAGCCCCAUGGUCUCUGUUGGGGCAGUGGGAGAGGCUCUGCCAAGGGCUGCUCCAAGGACCAGGUCCAGUGCCUCACCUGCCUCUGCAGAGGGAGUUCCCCAGGGAGAGACCCCUGGAGGGCUCACACUGGACACACGUGGGCAAGGAGCCUCUUCACAGCUGCAGCCCACCCUGCCAUCCCACACAGCCACCAUGGUGCACUGGGCAGCCAGGAGAAGCAGCUCAUCACCAGCGUCUGGGCCAAGGUCAACGUGGAGGAAUGCGGCGGCGAGGCCCUGGCCAGGCUGCUGAUCGUCUACCCCUGGACCCAGAGGUUCUUCGCCUCCUUUGGGAACCUGUCCAGCCCCACCGCUGUCACUGGCAACCCCAUGGUCCGUGCCCAUGGCAAGAAGGUGCUGACCUCCUUCGGGGAAGCCGUCAAGAACCUGGAUGGCAUCAAGAAAUGUUUUGCUCAGCUGAGCAAGCUCCACUGUGACAAGCUGCACGUGGACCCCGAGAACUUCAGGCUCCUGGGUGACAUCCUCAUCGUCGUCCUGGCCUCCCACUUCGGCAAGGAGUUCACCCCCGCCUGCCAGGCUGCCUGGCAGAAGAUGGUGCGUGUGGUGGCCCACGCCCUGGCCCACGAGUACCACUGAGCCUCCUGGGAGCCCUCCUGCCUGGAGACACUCCUGGGGAAUCUCCUCGGGUUCUGCUGGGCUCUAACCACCAAUAAACACCAGCUGCUCCAGCCACCAGGAGAUGUCUGGCUCUUUGUGGGAACGGGAGGGAGGGACAGGGGCUCACAUGGGAUAACGUGAGCCACGAUCUCCUUCAGGCAAGUGCAGCUUCUCUAAGAUGGAGAUCCCAGGGGAGUGUUCAGGACAAAACCCAAAUAAACACCACAAAAUACAAAUGGGAACACUCUGGCACUUUUUGGGGGCAUCAUUGCUUGGUCAAUGUUUGAAGACUUUCACAGAGUGAGCAGAGUAGAACUGUACAAAAAUGUGCAGUGGGACAAGUGACAGGGAGAUUGGGGCCAUGGCUUGUAACUUCCUGCAUGUGGGGUUUUGUUGGCUUGGGGUCUUUUAAAACCCCAAGAUUCUUAGGUUAGCAAAGGCAGAAGGUAACAGACACAACCCUCUAACUCGGUUGGAUGGGACUUGAAAAAAUCUUGGGACAGUGGAAGGUGUCCCUGCUCCCCCUGUGGCAGGGGAGGGACUGGAUGAGAUUUUGGGUCCCUUCCAGCACAAGCCAGCCUGUGGUUCUGUGAUCCCAUGAAACAGCAGUGCUGCUUGCAGUGGGAACAGUGCCAGCCCCAGCCUGGCCGGGAUCCUUGGCCAAGCCCCUCCUGCAGCGAGCAGGGACAAACACAAACACUUUGCUCCAAGGUCAUGCAGACCCCAGCAGGGCAUUCCCAUGCCCCAUGAGCUCCAUCCCUGUCCCCUACACCCC